CGACGACCGAAAGCCAACUCAUGCCACCAUGCGCCCGCUCACGCUCCACGCGUCAGCACUGACCGACCCAGAAUACUCGCUGUACACGACGGCACUCCUCGACCUCGCAGGCGAAGACACGUUCUCGCACCCUCACGACGAUUCAUACUACGCUGCACUGGUCGUCAGCGCACGCGAAACUCGCGCAUGGAUCCGAGGUCGCUACACCGAGCUCCAGCCUGCGCAGGUCGACGCCAUCCUCAAGCUCUUCUGCCCAAACAUCGCGCCGGCUGACACCCUCAGCGGUGGCCAAUUCUUCGCUGCGCUCCGACUGGUGACACACAUCAGGCAUGGGAAGCCGUUGGAUGGCGGAUUGGUGUUCGUACAGGCACACCCAGACGAUGCCGCCUCGCCACCGCUCCAGACCUCUUCCACCCCAGCACCACUGAAAGCCAUCGUGACGGACUCACCCGUGCAUUCACGAAACACAUCGCGCGAGGGGCAUCUGAUUGACGACUCAGUACCAUCGACGCCACCUGCAUUGCCGCCAAAGCCUUUGUUGUCACCAACACCGAGUUCAAGCACAAACCCCUUCAUCAACCGCACAAAGUCACGUGAACCGCCUACGCUCUCUACACCGUCUACGGCCACACCGACUCUGCCGCCAGCGCUCCGUGUCAAGUCUACACCAGCAGCAGCGGCACUGCAGCAGCCCGUAAUCCCCCCUCUGCCGCCGCGAAAAUCCAUGUCCGCGCUGGUUGAGGAGAGGGGCAAGGCGCCGCCUCCGCCGCCCCCGCGGCCCAACACGCUCACGCCGAGCAACAGCAGUCCCUUCGCGUUCUGGCACAACCAGAACUCGGGGACGCCUACGAACCCGAACGUGCUCAUCCAGCAGAGUCUCCAAGCGGGACGAAUCGCACAGAGCCUCAAGGAGGCAGAGAAGAAGCUCGAGAAGGAGCGUGUGCUCGAGGUGCUCAAGUCCUCCGCGCCGUCGACGAACAGGGACUUUAGCAAGCGCACGCAUAGCGAGAGCCCGAACAGGGGCGUCGCAGUCCUCGCGAUCAGCGCGCCCGGCCCGAGCGCUAUCUCGCGUAGCUAUAGCGUGUCGAGCGGGAGCGACAGCUCGAGCGCGGAGCAGGCGAAACAGACGAAAGGUCCCGCGCUGCCCCCGCGGCGGCGCGUGAGCUCGCCGAACAGCGCGUGGAGCGGCCGCAGCGGACGCACCGAAGGCGGACGCUCCGUCAUCAGCACGAGCAGCAUGCGCGAGGUCGCGACCGCGAGCGUCGGGUCUCGCCGAACAUCGUCGUCACGCGAGCGCCGCGCCGCCGCGAGCCCGCCGCCGGUCCACCCCGACCUCGUGCCGCAGCCGAGCCCCGUGCUGCCCGUCCUCCCCGCGCUCGCCGGCGAGAAGGGCCCGCCGCCGACGCACCCUGGCCGCAAGCCGCCGCCGCCGGUCCCAAGCGCGCCCGCGAGCGCGACGGGCGCGGUCUUCCCCGACGGGCCGGACCAGGACAUGCCGACCAGCCCGGGACCGGGCGUCUUCCGGAGCCGGAGCCUGCACCAGCACCCGGUGAGCCCGAGCGUAGGCGGGGCGGGGACGCCGCUGCCGCCUCUGCCGCCGCCGCGCCCGCGCCCACGCCGGCGGCCGAACAGCGUGCAGUUCAGCCCGACGAUCGCGAGCGUCACGAACGGGCUCGGCAGCCCGCGGCGCGCGCCGAGCCCGACGCUGACCGAGCGCACGGACCGCAGCGGGCGUUCCGUGAACACCGUCCUCUCCUCGCCCGCGUCGCUCCCGGCGCGCACCGCCGGCGCCUCGCGGCACCUGUCGCUCUCGCAGCAGCAGGGCGAAGGCGGCGCAGCGCGUGCGCGGCGCGCGGACUCGCUCUCGGGGCACGGUGUGCUGGCGAACGGCGGAGGACUCAAGGACGGCCUGCGUGACCGGUGGGAGAGCCUGCAGCCGCGGCUCGACAAAGCGCGCUGGAAGGCCGAGGCGGGGCUCAGCCGGCGCGGGUACGUGGCGCACCGCGGCAGCAGCGCGUGGCGCGACCGCGAGGGCGAGGCGCGCCUCGUCGACACCUCCGAAGAGGACGGCGAGGAGGACGAGGAUGGCGGCGGUGGCGUGUUUGGGCGCCGUGGGACGGCGUAUGGCGGGGAAGCGGCGGGCGACGCGCCGAGUGUGGACAGGGACUAUCGUGCGAGCGAUGACGAUGAGGGGCACACGAGGAGCACGAGCGCGGCAGCGCUGCCGCGCCGCCCGUGGGAGGUCGAGCGCGACGAGAUGAAGUGGCCUGUCGCGCCCGGCGAGGGGUGGACGCCGCUCUGAGCGACGGCAAACACGGCUGGCUGUCUGGGCUGCUACUGUAUUCGCGGGGUAUGGCUGGGUCCUAUUUAUGUAUGAUACUGGAUGGCACUCGGGGCAUUGAAUCGAUUAAUGACUUUAGUAUGAU